AGCAGGACCCGCUCACUGCUGGUCGCAGGUGCCAGCCGCCAGCCCCACGCGGAGGCUCCCAGGAAGGGUGGCUGCAGCCCUCCACUCCCCGCACCUGCCCGCUCGCCUCCCGCCACCCGCCACCCGCCGCCAUGGCCGGGCUCCUGCCCGUCACCCUCGGAUGCCUCAGCCUCCUCUACCUGCAGCUCCCAGGUGCACUGCCCCGCGGCCAGGGUGGAAGCCGGCAGCCCGCCCGGCCCAGGGCGCCUCCAGCCAGGACCCUUGCUAUCGGCCUGCAGCCCCAGCACCCUGCACCCCGGCCUGUGAUCCACAAGCCGCCCCAGGCCCUGCAGCCAAAGAGGGGCGCCAGUCUGCCCCCUGCCGCGGGUCAGCCUCUCCGGAGUGGUCCCCGUCGAUACUUGGGCCCCCCAAGGCCCAGAGCCCAUCUCCUGCGGGCAGGCUGUGUGCUGAGCACCUGCCAGGUGCAGAACCUCAGCCACCGCCUGUGGCAGCUGGUGGCAUCGGCCGGCCCCCGGGACCCGGCCCCCAUGGACCCCAGCAGCCCCCACAGCUAUGGCUGAGGUGGGGCAGGCCACGCCCUAGCCAGAUGCUGCACCCCAACCCCAGAGCGGCAGCUCAGCCCAGCCCCAGUCCAGCCCCAGGGCCCCGCAGACAGCAGAGACCUCCCCCUCAACCUACCCACCAGGGGCUGCAGCGAGCUACCUGGAACUGCUUUGGACCCGCAGACCAUGCACAUGUGUGGCCCCAGGCAGGCCUGCAGGCAGAGUCCGUAUGCCCCGGGGUCUGUGCACCCAGGAGCGCACAUGCUCAGGGGCAGCAUCCCACGCAGGAAAGGGCUUCAGAGGGAGGAGGCCUGCUCAAGGUCACGGAGCAGAAGUCAGUCCUGAGCACGCAGUGCCACCACCUCCGGGCCCGUGGGAACCCUCUCCCUGCUGGCCCGUCGUCAGAUUAAAUCCUGGCUUUAGCCCGGCCGGCGUGGCUCAGUGGUUGAGCAUCGACCUAGGAACCAGGAGGUGAUGGUUCAAUUCCCGGUCAGGGCAUGUGCCUGGGUUGUGUG